ACUAUCUAGUUGGAAAAGAAUGGAGAAAGACAAAAUUAAUCCUGAGACUAUCAUUACACCAAAUGAUAUUUUAGAAGAGAUCCUUCAAUAUCUUCCAAUGAAAUCACUUGUUAAGUUCAAGGCCGUGUCGAAACAAUGGAGAUCGAUGAUCGAAUCAACCUAUUUAUCCCACAAACGUCUCGUUCGAUUGGGAUUACAAACCCCGAACACAAAACUUCUUGUUGUUCAUCAACUGUCAUCAGAUUCUGACUCGACAACUUUGGUUUUGAAAACUUUUUCUAGAGAUCAUGACAACAAAGGACAAAUCUGUCUUUCUUCUUCGAGUUCUUACACUUUUCCUGAUAAUCCAAUCAACCAAUCUCGACACGAAACUAUCCAAGUCUUGGGGUCUUGUGACGGAUUGGUUUUGGUUGGGCCCUAUGAUUUUAAGUACAUAUACUUAAUCAAUCCAACGACGGGAGAGCAUCGAACACUGUCUCCAGAAUUGUUGCUGUGGCCCGGAUAUUUUAGUUACCAUAGUCUUGUAAACAAUCCAACGAUGAAUCGAACAGUUUUUCAGGCAGAUAUGUUGGAGCAACAAGGUGGAUUUUUGACCAUAAUGCCAUUUUCGGUUGGAUUUGGAAAAGACAUUAUUACAAAAUCAUACAAGGUGAUUUUGAUGUACUUGAAAAAAACCCAUCCUCGUGGAUAUUUUGAUCGUUUCAACAUCAAAGCUAUAUCUCUUGAUAAUGGAAAGCAAAGAGACGCCGGUUGGUACGUUUUAGAUGAGCACGAAAUUUGCAAUGAACAGACACCGGUUUACGCAAACGGAUCACUCUUUUGGUGGACAAAAUUUACUUAUGCUUGGAGAUAUCAAACACUUUCAGAAUUACCUUCACAGAUAUUAGCUAUUGAUCUACACACAGAAAAAUUUCGAUGGGUAUCAUUACCUAAAUGUUACACCCGUUACUCUCGUGGUGUGCAAAUGUGGAGCCUAAAUGAACGUUUGUGCUUAUCAGAUGUGCUACACAUACAUUGUUCAGAAUUAGACGUUUGGAGUUUACGACAAGAAUUAGAUUCUACUCAAAAUUGGGAGAAACUAUUUUCUUUUAAUAUUCUUAAUAUCGAUCGAUUAGAUGCAAAAUGUUGGAUGCUUGGUCUAAGGGCUGCUUACUUUCGAAGGAUUGGAGAGGACCAAAAACAAGUUUCGUUUGAUAGUCUAAGAACGGUGAUUUGGUAUUCGCCGACUAUGAUUUCUCCAUCAAAUUUGCUGCUUUGAUGUUGUUUCUACCUUCUAUUGAUUUUUAAAAUAUCAAAAGCUUUUAAGUUUUUAACAUCACAGAUACUAGUAGGAAGAAAAGCUAAUUUUUUUGUCAAAGGAAAGAAAAGCUGUUGACUUAAGAUAAAAAAGUAAAUGUUUGUAUUUAAAAAAGGUAUAUUGCAAUUUCUAUAUAUAAUUGGAAUUA